GGCUGGACCCUGGGGCUGGAGCAGCCUGGCACAGGGGAAGGUGUCCCUGUCCCUGGCCGCUGGCGCGUUCAGGUGACACUGGCUGUGCGCAGGGGCCGGGUCACUGCGGCUUCGCCUCCUUCCAUUACUGUAAUUGGGCCUGAGCGGCCCCGGCCCGGGCGGGCCGGGCUGGGAUGAAUAAUUCACCGCCUGGAAACAAAACCUCCGGCCUCAAAACCGCUCGGCAUCUGCCGCCGAGCCCCGGCGUGGGAAAGGUGCCAGGAGCGCCGGGGGAGAGGAGCCGGCGGGUUCCCCGGGGCCGGAGCUGGGGAUGCUCCGGCACCCCGAGCCCGGCGCCGCUGCCCCGGAGCCUCCCGGGUUUUCCUCCCGCCGAACGGGAACGGGAGCGCUCUGCCCCUUCCCUUCCCCGCUCUCUCCCCGCCCCGCAGAGCGGGAUGUCCCUUGCUGUGCAGGGCGGCCACUCCGCUCCGGGGCUGCGCCAGCCGCCCUCGGCUCCGCGGUGUCCCCGUGUCGCGGGCGCGGUGUCCCCGGGCUGGAACAGCUCUCGGACAGCGACAGGCACGGCGCGGCGCCACCAGCGCCUCCCAAACCCAUCCCCGAAGGGGCUCGGCUGCGCCCGGAGCCCAUCCCAGCCCCUGCCCCCGGCCAGCCGGGACCCGCUAGGGUCGCCCGCCGUAACCCCUGGCCGUGGGCGCUUUGGGGACCGUGCCCCCCCGCCCUGUCCCCGCCCUGACGUCACCCGCCCCCCCGUGUCCCCGCACCUGCGGCGGGAUGGAGCCCGGAGCUCGCCUGUGCCUCGCCCUCUGCCUCGCCGGCGUCCUCCCGGCCCCGGGCUGCCGGGGCGCGCCGGGAAGGUUCGCCUACAAACUGCUCCACGACCUCUUCGCCAACUACUCCAGCGCCCUGCGCCCCGUGGAGGACACGGACCGGGCUCUCAACGUCACCCUCAAGGUCACCUUGGCCCAGAUCAUCGACAUGGACGAGAGGAACCAGGUCCUCACCUCCUACCUGUGGGUCCGCCAGACCUGGCUGGACGCACACCUCGCCUGGGACAAGGACGAGUACGGCGGCAUCGACAGCAUCCGCAUCCCUAGCAGCUACGUCUGGCGGCCGGACAUCAUCCUCUACAACAACGCCGACGAGCACUUCGGCGGCUCCAUGGAGACCAACGUGGUGCUGCGCUCCGACGGGCACAUCACCUGGGACUCGCCCGCCAUCACCAAGAGCUCCUGCAAGGUGGACGUGUCCUACUUCCCCUUCGACGGGCAGCAGUGCCGCCUCACCUUCGGCUCCUGGACCCACAACGGCAACCAGAUCGACCUCCGCAACCAGCUGGACACCGGGGACCUGACGGACUUCGUGGAGAACGUGGAGUGGGAGGUGCUGGGCAUGCCGGCCACGAGGAACGUCAUCACCUACGGCUGCUGCUCCGAGCCCUACCCCGAUGUCACCUACACGCUGCUCCUGCGCCGCCGCGCCUCCUUCUACAUCUUCAACCUGCUGCUGCCCUGCAUCAUGGUCUCCUUCCUGGCGCCCCUGGGCUUCUACCUGCCGGCCGACUCGGGGGAGAAGGUGUCGCUGGGGGUGACGGUGCUGCUGGCCCUCACCGUGUUCCAGCUGCUGGUGGCCGAGAGCAUGCCCCCCUCGGAGAGCGUCCCGCUCAUCGGCAAGUACUACAUCGCCACCAUGACCAUGAUCACGGCCUCCACCGCGCUCACCAUCUUCAUCAUGAACGUGCACCACUGCGGGCCGGGGGCCCGGCCCGUGCCCCCCUGGGCGCGCCGGCUCAUCCUGCACCACAUGGCCCGGCUCUGCUGCGUCUACGAGGUGGGCGAGAGCUGCAAGAGCCCCCGGCGGGCGCUGGGCGGGGGGCGGGAUGCCGGGGGAGCGGGCGAGAGCCCCGGGGAGGGGCAGGUGGGCACGGAGGUGAGGGGCUGCCCCUGGGACCACUGCCUGUGCCACCACGACGCCCUGCUGAGGAACGUUGGGUACAUCGCCGGCUGCUUCCGGCGCCACCGCGCCAACCAGCGCCGCACCGGCGAGUGGAAGAAGGUGGCCAAGGUGAUGGACCGCUUCUUCAUGUGGGUCUUCUUCCUCAUGGUCUUCCUCAUGAGCGUGCUGGUCCUGGGCAACGCUGCCUGAUGGCUCUGCGGGCCCAGCACCGCGACCCCCAGGGACGGCGGGGGCUGCGGGUGCCUCGUGGGGGUGACACAAAUGUCCCUGCUCCCCCCAGAGCUGCAGGGCGGGAGCUGCGCCAUCACUGGGGGGAGGUGCCUGAGAGUGGGACCCCCAGCUGCAGGGCCGGGGGGUCCCAGCCCCUGUCUGGCUGUACCAGAGUGGGCACCACAUCCCCCCGUGGCACCCUGCACCAGGGAAACGCACCAAACCGGCAAUAA